AAAAAGGGGAAGAGGAGCAGGCCAACGAGGAGGAGGAAGAGGAAAACAAGAGUGACGACAGCCAGGGCAGCAGACAAGAGUGUGUUCAGCUAGCUGUCCUUGUCCUCAUAGAACUAGCAGCUGGGAGGCCUGUGCUCAGCCGACCCUCCAACCUGCAUCAGCCCACGCUGCCCCGGGGAGACUAUGGAGUUGGGGGCUCCGUUGAUCCUGCUGCUGGCCACAGCUUGGCAUGGUCAGGGGGCCCCCAUCAUUGAGCCCAGUGGCCCAGAGCUGGUUGUAGAGCCGGGUACAACAGUGACACUGCGAUGUGUGGGCAAUGGAAGCGUGGUGUGGGACAGCCCUCUCUCUCCCCACUGGACCCUGGACUCUCAGUCUCGUGGGAGCAUCCUGACCACAAGAAAUGCCACUUUCAAAGACACUGGGACCUAUCGUUGCACUGAGCAUGAAGACUCCCUGCGGAGCAGUGCCACCAUCCACUUGUAUGUCAAAGAUCCAGUCCGGCCCUGGAAUUUGCUAGCAGAGAAGGUGACAGUGUUUGAGGGCCAGGAAGCUGUGCUGCCCUGCCUGAUCACCGACCCCGCACUGCAGUCCAGUGUCUCACUAGUGCGAGUCAGGGGCAAGAUGUUACCACGCAGAAUAACCUACUCCUUCUCACCACAGCAAGGCUUCAUUAUCCAUAAUGUUAAGUUCAUUGACAGCAAUGACUACCAGUGCAAAGCUAUGGUGAACGGUGAGGAAUUCCUUUCCCUUGGCAUCCGGCUUAAAGUGGAGAAAGUUCUCCCAGGGCCCCCAAAUGUGCUAUUGGAGCCUACCGAGCUGGUGCGGAUUCAAGGGGAGGCUGCCAAGAUCGUGUGCUCUGCCACUAAUGUGGACCCCAAAUUCAAUGUUUUCCUCAAACGUGGAGACACCAAGCUUGAAAUCCCCCUAUACAGUGACUUCCAAAAUGACCAUUAUAAAAAAGUCCGGACCCUCAGCCUCAAUUCCGUGGACUUCCGAGAUGCUGGCAACUAUUCCUGUGUGGGCAGCAAUGAUGCUGGCACACACACGACCUCCAUGAACUUCCAGGUGGUAGCGAGUGCCUACUUAAACUUGACCUCUGAGCAGAGCCUCUUGCAGGAGAUGAUUGUGGGUGAGAGCCUCUCCCUCACUGUCAAUGUAGAUGCCUACCCUGACCUACAGAGUUAUAACUGGACCUACCUAGGGCCAUUCUUUGAAGACCAGAACAAUCCUGACUUUACCAUCCAAAGGACUACCAAAUACAGGUAUACAUCCAAGCUCACCCUAAACCGCGUAAAGCCCAUGGAGGCUGGCCAGUACUCCUUAAUGUUCCAAAACAAGGCAGGCUGGAAAAAUCUAACCUUUGGGAUCACCCUGCAAUAUCUCCCAGAGGUCAGUGUUAUAUGGAUGUCUGUGAAUGGCUCUGAUGCCCUGUUCUGUUAUGUCUCCGGGUACCCUCAGCCCAAUGUGACAUGGAUGCAGUGUAGGGGCCACACCGACAGGUGUGAUGAGGCCCAGGCCUUGCAGGUUUGGAGAGAUGCCCCUUUUGAAGUCCUGAGUCAGGAGCCCUUCCACAGAGUGACCAUUCAGAGCCAGCUGCUCAUUGGGACCUUGAAGCACAACAUGACUUAUGUUUGCAGGGCCCACAAUAAUGUGGGGAACAGCUCCCAGCCCUUCAGGGCCACCUCUGUAGGAAGAGUCGAGCAGCUCCCUGAUGAGUCCCUGUUCACUCCAGUGGUGGUGGCCUGUAUGUCUAUCAUGUUUCUACUGCUGUUACUGCUGCUGCUGCUCCUGUACAAGUACAAACAGAAGCCCAAGUAUCAGGUGCGCUGGAAGAUCAUUGAGAGCUAUGAGGGGAACAGCUACACCUUCAUCGACCCCACCCAGCUGCCCUACAAUGAGAAGUGGGAGUUCCCCCGGAACAACCUGCAGUUUGGUAAGACUCUUGGAGCUGGUGCCUUUGGGAAGGUGGUGGAGGCCACGGCCUUUGGUCUGGGCAAAGAAGAUGCGGUGCUGAAGGUGGCUGUGAAGAUGCUCAAGUCCACGGCGCAUGCUGAUGAGAAGGAGGCCCUAAUGUCAGAACUGAAGAUCAUGAGUCACCUGGGACAGCAUGAGAAUAUAGUCAACCUCUUGGGAGCCUGCACUCAUGGAGGGCCUGUCCUGGUCAUCACUGAAUACUGCUGCUAUGGCGACCUACUCAACUUCCUGCGAAGGAAAGCUGAGGCCAUGCUGGGACCCAGCCUGAAUCCUGGUCAGGAUUCUGAGGGGCACUCCAGCUACAAGAACAUCCACCUGGAGAAGAAAUAUGUUCGAAGGGACAGUGGCUUCUCAAGUCAGGGUGUAGACACCUAUGUGGAGAUGAGGCCUGUGUCUACUUCUUCAAAUGACUCCUUUGAACAAGAUCUGGACAAAGAGGCCAGCCGGCCAUUGGAGCUCUGGGACCUGCUCCACUUCUCCAGUCAAGUGGCUCAGGGCAUGGCUUUCCUUGCUUCUAAAAAUUGCAUCCACCGGGAUGUAGCAGCUCGAAACGUGCUGUUGACCAGCGGACAUGUGGCCAAGAUUGGGGACUUUGGGCUGGCUAGGGACAUCAUGAAUGACUCCAACUAUGUCGUCAAGGGCAAUGCCCUGCUUCCUGUGAAGUGGAUGGCCCCAGAGAGCAUCUUCGAUUGUGUCUACACAGUUCAGAGUGACGUGUGGUCCUACGGAAUCCUCCUCUGGGAGAUUUUCUCACUUGGUUUGAAUCCCUACCCAGGCAUCCUGGUGAACAGCAAGUUCUACAAACUGGUGAAGGAUGGAUACCAAAUGGCCCAGCCUGUUUUUGCACCAAAGAACAUAUACAGCAUUAUGCAGUCCUGCUGGGACCUGGAGCCUACCAAGAGACCCACCUUCCAGCAGAUCUGCUUCCUCCUUCAGGAGCAGGCCCAACAGGACAAGAAAGAGCAGGACUAUGCUAACCUGCCAAGCAGCAGCAGCAGCAGUGACAGUGGUGGUGGCGGCGGCGGCAGCAGCAGUGAGCCAGAGGAGGAGAGCUCCAGUGAGAACCUGGCCUGCUGUGAACAGGGGGACAUUGCCCAGCCCCUGUUGCAGCCCAACAAUUACCAGUUCUGCUGAAGUGGGACAGCAUGCUGCUGCUCCCCACCUCCCAGCUCUACCUCCUCCAUGGACAGGUGACAUGGGGAGAACAUGUGAACUUUAUCCUCAGCUUGGCCCAGCUCUGAAACUUCAGAACAUGAGGGGGUCUGGGGAGGUCAGAGACCCCCAUUCCCAGAGCCUGGGCCAUCACUGCCAAUGGGGUUUUCACAGUGCUUGCCUGUAUUACUAUGCCAAUUCGAGCACCCCUAGUUCACUAUCUUCAUCCUGUUUGUUCCUACUUGGAAGAACCUCUGUUCCUAAAUGUUUUGUGUUUCAACGGAAAGACUGAUUUUUGUGUCUCAGAAAAAGGACAAGGCUCCCAAGGCUGUAGGUAAGCAGAGGCUUGCCUUCCUCCCUCCCUGCCAUGCUCACAGACUACAGGCUUCUUGGGGCAGGGUGGCUCCUUCCUAAGAAGCUCACAGGACUGGUCUCCACUCUUGACCUCCAUCCUAUAGUCUCACCUUAUCCUGGAUCUUGUACUGCAAGAAUGAGCCAAGUGGCAGCUAAUAGUGAGGGCUGUUCUAUCCAGUACCCUGUCAUUCUAAGCUGGAAGGCAUGGGACCUUAGUGCAAGGCUGGCCACACCAAGCAAAUACUGCAUGCUCCUCUCCAAGUGAUUUGUCCUCAUUAACAGUCAGUAUUAAACUAACAGCAUUAACACAGCCAGUAGUGCCUGAUUCUUUGCACCACACAAGCGUCUACA